UGCUUUUGUUUUUCGUCUCACAAACUUCAAAUUUGCUGUUGAAAAAUGCUGAAAAAUAAUCUACUUUUGAGCACGCUGCAAGCUGUGGAGCAGGUGGAGAUAUCCUUUGAGCAGACACUGCGCACAAUCAGCGAGAUUAAUCAUCGCUAUGAGGUGGUGUCCAGCCUUAAGAAGAACGCUGCCAAGGGUCAGGAUUCGUAUGAGCGGGAGAUCCAAGCAGCCAUCACAGAGCCAACCUACACGAAGAUCUUCACCAAGAAGCUGAAAAAGAAGAAGGCAACUCCAGUGAAGAGAGUCAAAAAGAGGAGCACAAUCAGCGCGAGCAGCUUGCAGGAUUGUGGAGGGGAACCUGCAGACACUGUGACAGAGGAACCUCCUGCCGGCCCUGCCCAACUGCCUCAACCAUUUAUGUGCCUGCAAACCAAUUGCCAGUUCUAUCACAUCGAGUGUCAGAGCAAUAUUCUGGCGCCCAAAAAAACGUAUAAGCAGCGCAUUGAGCGACUGCAUCGUGCGGCGCAACAGCAACUGGCCAAGCAGUGCAAGUCCCUCAGCAAUGGCUGUGGCGAUCCUCCAAUCGAUCUGCAGGACAACGAUGAUAAUUGUACGAAUUGCUGCAGCUAUUGCUGUGGGUCUUGCUGUUGCGAGUGUUAUUCGUGAGAGUUGCUGGGCGUGAAAUUUCAGUUUAAUUUUGUUUUUUGUUGCAUAUUUUUAGGCUGUUUUGUGGAAACUUUUAUUAAAGCCUCCCAAGAAAUUGGCAAA